AUGAACUCCAAACCCGACUUCCCAAUAAUCGGAUGCCGAUCCCACAUUGGCUACCUCCCCACAGCGCAGUCCGUAUACUCAAACUCCCUACCAACACCUCGCAACUGGACUCCACCGUCGUCGGUGAUGCAGUUUGAUCCAAGCUCCCACAAACAGCCCAGCACAGCCUCAGACUCGCAUACCGUUACCCCAGCGCCUAAGACCCAGCCCACAGAGCCAACCAACUACGCAGACCUCCUCCAGCUGUACCUGAAGAUCAAAACAGACGUCUCGUCCAAGUUCACCCUCCCCAAACAGGAGGAGACCACCGCGCCGUGGGUCUUCCAGGCUCUGACGCUGCUGGACCAUGCAGAGAACGCGGCUGAGGCUCAUCUGGAGCUCGUAGAGGCUCUAGAGGGCGAGAUCCGGGUUUUGCGGGAUCUGCGCGAUAGGAUGAAGCAGUCUGCGGCCUACAACACGGCGGUUGCGUCGGCGAAGAAUUUGAUAGACGUUCACCGGCAUGAUGAGGAGGGCGUGAGGAUCGUGCAGGAGAGGGUCAAGGCCCUGGAGAGGUUCAGUAUGGAUGCGGACGUGUUGUGGUAG